AAAAGUAAGGACCCAAAAUGAAUCACGCGUUAGUACACAUUGGUGCUAACAUAUUCGCAAUCAAUUUGAGUUGAAAUUAUCAGGUUGGAAAUUACUUAUUUGACAGCGACUGAUAUGGUAUUUGGUACGAUCGCGCUGCUAUGACUUCAGCGGGGCAAGCUAGGUAGCGUUUGCAAAAUUGCAGGAAAUAAUGUCACAUCCACACACGUGUGACCGGGAGAGGAGGACAAAGUGGACUGAACGUAUGAUAAGAACAGCCUACUCUUGAUUGCUGAAUCAUAGGCCUACAAGUCCAAACAUGGAAGGUUUACAACGUGCCAUAGCAAAGGGCAGGGGAAGGGAGGUCAGGUCCAGAAACAGUAGGCCUACACAUGGUAAGAAAGUCUUCAAACAAUUCCUCACCAAUGCCAGUCAUGGCAUUUCUUUCUCAAAGGAUGUCAUUUUGGAGAUGGGACCAGAGUCUGUGCCUUACAGAGAAGCCAAUUUCCACUGUUUGUAUAAUGUGUCUGGCACAUUGGCACCAAUUCCUAAACAAAAGACACACAAAAAGACAACGCUGAUGAAACCACAUGCCAAGGAUGAGACUACCCUUGUGGAGGAUAUUCCCUCUCUACCGCCUAUAUAUGCUCAACCAUUCGCCCCAUUGACCGCCAAAGACUCUCUGACUUUUUCCAUGAACCAAGACUGCAUGUCAGAUGCGUUUAAAAAGGGUGUGGGUGGAGUGUUCAAUGUUUUUAACUCCCUGAAGCAGACCACGAGGAGUGACAAGAAUGACAAAGCCAGGAUGGAAAUCAAAUGGGACGAGUUUCUCCUGAAAAAGCUCACCAACACCACAGCAAAGUGGAUUGUCAGCCAACAGAUUCCCGACCACUUCAUAGAAAAGCCAAGGCUUCAGACGCUUCUGAGGAGACAGUACGGCUCUGCCAGCGCUACAGACCUAGUGAGUGACGAUCCAAUGCAGGAGCAGGACUUUGCUGGCUUUGUCGAGUUUCAAAAGCAAGUUGCAGAGAUGAAGGGCGCCCUUGAGAGUCAGGCAGAGACACCAUUGCCAGUGUACUAUAGGGUGCAGGGCUACUCCCUCCCGACCACCAACAUCCAGUCGGGUGGGGUAAAUGACACAGCUGGACAUGUAGUGGUGAAACGCAUUCCGCCCCUUCAGACACCAAAGCUACAGGAUUACCUGAACCCUAAAGCAGGCAAAUUUGUCUACCACACCGAUAACAAUUUCCAGCAGGAGCUCUUCUUAGGGGUGGCAAAACCAAUGCAUCAGCUACUGUCAAAGAACCAUGACCGAAUUAUAAUGGACAAUAACUCUGAGUACGGGAAGAAUCUUGAGGAGUCCUAUCCCUGUACCCCACGCACAUUUAUGACAGAACAGGAGGAGAUGAAGGACCCAAACAGGGCAGUGGUAGGACGCACGGAGAGAGGACUGAGGAGAUGGAUAGACCUGCCCACCGCUGCUGACUACACCGCAGAGAUCGGCCUGAUAGCGCCGGAAAACAUGGACGCGCUCAGCCUGGGAUCUAAGCAGGAGCAGGAGCAGCAGCCGUACGAGCCCAUGCCUGAGCUUGCAGACCUCCGCUAUGCCGUGGAGAAGUGGAGAAGCGCAUGGAACAUCAAAGCCACGUGGCAAAGUGUGACAAUUGAAGGCCUGUCAAAAGCCCUCAACGACUUGCACUACCACGUCCGACUAGGUGCCAUAGCAACGUGUGCCUCCGGAGCAGUGAAUAGGCCGAGGGCUGCAGAGGACCCAAUAGAUGCUGCUCAGUUCGGCCGUAGCUGGGAAGUGCACCCCGUCCCCCCGGACCUGAGGCCGAUGAUUGACGCGGCGCUGGAGGACCCCAUAUGGAGGGUGCAGGUGGCGGCUGCCGUAUGCCACUACGCCAUGGGCGCCCCUGACCCCAAGGCCAGGGAGAUACUCCGCACCGCCUUGAACAAAGAUCACACUGGUGUGGGAGCUGACAGCUGGAUGGCAGCCCAGUGCUUGGCCAUGGAGGGGGAGGUCAGCAGAGCGGUCAUCCAGAGGCUCCUGUCUCAGCACUUCCUGAGCGAGGCCAAGACGGACAGGGAGCAGGCCGCCACCCUCCUCAGCAGCCUCAGCAGCAAGACGACUCUAGUGCGCUCUCUGCUGGCUGAGGAGCUGAACUGCAUCGAUUGCAAAAACAGAGAGCAGGCCUGUGAAACAAUCUCUCUGCUGAGGAGUCCAAUAAAUAAGGACCUCUCCAACAAGUUGGUGUACAUGAUGUGGAAUGACUGGAGCGCUGUUGUGAGGCAGAAGGCAGCCCAGGCCCUGGGCAAGCUGGGACUGGGGAGACUAGUGCACAAUGAGCUGAGCCAGAAACUGGAGGAUGGUCCGGGCACGCGGCGCAUGGAAGCGCUGGGUCUGAUUGGCCACCUGCACAUCAUGACGGCCAAGCUGCUGCCCUCCUUCCUGCUCUGCCUAAACGACAGCUUCGUGUCCGUCCGCAAGCUGGGCUGCCACACGGCCGGGAAACUCGGCCUGAAGGAUGAAAUGAUUAUGAACCAACUGCUCCACCUAAUGCAGACUGAUCCUAUCUGGGAGGUGAAAGUUGCAGCAAUAGCAGCCCUGGCCAAGAUCAACUGCCUGACGGUGCGCCUGCGUGACCUGCUGCUGUGGGCUCUGCACCACGAGACGGAGCCCAAGGUGCGCCACGCUGCCUGCGAGGCCCUGCGCCGCCUCAAGGUGGAGGGGCCAGAGUUGCAACAGGUACUGCAGGAGCGCUUCGCCCUGGAGCCCAACCUACACGUACGCAGACAAAUUGAAAAUAUCCUGACCAUAAAUGGCUACAAACUUGAAUGUGACAAGGGCAUGGUUCACAAAAUCAAAGAUCAGGUUCAGAAGAUGUGCAACAAGAACAUCAUAACUCAGAAAGUCCUGAUUGUGGAUGACCUGAAGUCACUGCAGGACACCAAGCGCAGACUGCAGGGCUCACAAGCGCACCUGGACGCGCCAGAGGGACAGACUCUCACUGACCUGCUUUAUCAGCAGUUGAAAAGUUGCAAGCAUGCAAUUGGAGCAGAUACAGAUUCCUCUGUAAGUUCUGCACAGAGCAGCAAGAGUCAGAGUCAAAGUUCACAAGAGGAUAACACACCUAUUCAAGUGUAACCACAAACAUUAUAGUCAAUAAAAGUAUGAUUUACAUAUUUCA